GGGGGGGGGGGGUGGUUUAAUGACUAUGCCGCUGUAGAUAAAUCAAGUGAACAUGCCUUUUACAAAAGAUCCUCUUCCUUUUAUAUGGAAAUGUGUAAAACCUUAAAUAUGAUCCCUAAUUAGACUCUUUGACCUUAUAAAUUAAUGGCCUAAGAGCCCUUACAGAUCGUCAAUUAGACUUGGCUCACCUUAAUUGGAUCGAAGCACUAAAACAAAGAACCAAAUCAUCGUGCUCACAAAGGCUUGUCAAAACGGGAGGCCCUCAAGGUGGGUGCUUAGUUGGCUCGAACACAGGUUGCCAGCUAUGCCUUAGUCAUUGAUGACUCACCUUUAAGUCUACUUUCAGAGAUCCUCUGUUCACCAUGACCACAACCAUUUUGAGAGGGUUCGUCUCGCUCAGACACCACCAAGACGAGCUGAUAAUCGGUCCAUGAAGCCUUGGUUAUCAACUUAUGUUUAGUUCAUAACACCUUUACUAGUAAGAUUCUUUACAUUCCUAUCUAUUGAAAAGUAAAAUCAAACAAUCUUUAGAAAUUGUAAAUACUAGUAAGUAACCAGUUUGUUGGGUAGUGGUUCAACACUUCGUUCCUUAAGUGAGUGGUUGAGAAAUUAAUUUCUGACUGUUGUAAAUGAAAAAAAAAACCUUGUUAGUCAGCCCUUUACUACUCAGAGUGUUGACCAUGGAGUGAAGAAUUUGUCUAAGAGUUUUCGACUGUCGUAAUACCUUAUCAAGGCAAGGAAAAUCCCAAACUCAAAAAUCCAACAAAAGAUAGAACGGACUUAUAUUUCAUAAAAAUAGGAAAUAAAAUAACAAAGUCAACAAAACUGAAAAAACAGUCCAAGCCAAUUCAAUUUGUGAGAUGAUUUGAUAUAAUGGGGAAGAUGAAAUAGUUAGUCUUCCAUUAGAAUUUUUUUCUUUUUUAUGGCAGUCUUCCAUUACCAUUAGAAUUUGGCCAAGCCAACUCUUAUCUUAGUGCAAAUAUAUACAUAUCCAAAACGUAACGUACGUGGAGACCUCUAUGCUAUGAAGAACGCUUCUUCUGUUAGACCCUAUUCCCACGCUUCCUUCUUCCAUUCCAACUCCUAUCACCUAACACAAUCACACACUACUCUUCUGUCACCACUUACAAUCAACAAUAAUCUUCAUAUCAUACCCUUAAUUUUCUUUAACCAUUAAUUAUAUCUUGUUUAACUUUGUUCUAAUACAAGUUUUUGAUGUCUACCAUGGUCAUGGUUGUUUCAAAUAGAGAAUUUGCAAGGUAGUUCUGGUUUCAUGUGUUGAUCAUUGCUUGGAAGAAUAGAAUGCAAUUGCAAUGUCAAUUGCAGAUCAGAGAAACGUGUCUGCCAUCAAAGUUUUCUCUAGAAAGUCCAUGUGUUGCUUCUUCACGUUGACAACAUUCCUCUUCAUCACAUCAUGUUUAUUUGUUCUUCGCUCCACCGGCUCCGACGCCGCACCGGUCUCCAUUGAUCAUGUUUCACAGCUUCUCCCUACCUUGAACAAGACCCAGAAUGCAGAAUCCUCAUUUGGAAACAGAGCAAUACUCGUUGACAGUGUGAAAAAAAAUGCAGAACCACCAACCAUUGAGAAAAACAUACAACAAUCAUCUGGUGUGCCAUGUAACAGUGACAAGACUGCAACAACAAGUGACAGCGUUGUUUUGAAAAGUUUGAAAGUUUUCAUGUAUGAUUUGCCUUCUGAGUUCCAUUUUGGACUAUUGGAUUGGAAACCUGAGGGAAACAGUGUUUGGCUUGAUAUGAGAAUCAAGAUACCUGGUUACCCUGGGGGUUUGAAUUUGCAGCAUAGCAUAGAGUAUUGGCUUACUUUGGAUAUUCUAGCUUCUGAACUACCUGAAUCUUCUUCUUCUAAUGCAAGGACUGUGAUCAGAGUUAGAAACUCUGCUGAAGCUGAUAUAGUGUUUGUGCCAUUCUUUUCUUCUCUGUGCUAUAACAGACACUCCAAAAAGAACAAGGGUUUGCAAGAGAAGUUAGUGAGGUAUUUGAUGGCUCAAGAGGAAUGGAAGAGGACAGGGGGGAGGGACCAUUUGAUCUUGGCUCACCAUCCAAAUAGUAUGUUGGAUGCUAGAAUGAAGCUGUGGAAUGCAACUUAUAUACUCUCAGAUUUUGGGAGAUACCCUCCAAACAUAGCUAAUGUGGAGAAAGAUGUGAUUGCCCCUUAUAAACAUGUUAUUCCACUCUAUGUUGAUGAUCACUCCACCUUUGAGAGCCGUCAAACAUUGCUUUACUUCCAAGGUGCAAUACACAGAAAGGAUGGAGGCCAUGCUCGGCAAGAACUAUUCAAUCUUCUGAAAGAUGAGAAAGAUGUGCAUUUUUCAUUUGGGAGUGUUCAGAAAGGUGGUAUCAAGAAAUCCACCGACGGCAUGCGUUCAUCCAAAUUCUGCCUCAACAUAGCCGGCGACACCCCCUCAUCAAACCGCUUGUUUGACGCCAUUGCCAGCCACUGUGUCCCUGUCAUCAUCAGUGACCAAAUUGAGCUUCCAUACGAGGAUGUCCUUGACUACUCCCAGUUCUGCAUAUUCAUCCGUACAAGGGAUGCUCUCAAAAAGAAGUUUUUGAUAAACUUUAUCAGGAGCAUUGGGAAAGAUGAGUGGACUAGAAUGUGGAACAGGUUGCAAGAGGUUCAGAGUUUCUAUGAGUUUCAGUAUCCAUCUAAGGAGGGUGAUGCUGUCCAAAUGAUUUGGCAGGCUGUCGCGCGUAAGGUCCCUUCCAUGAAGUUGAAGAUAAACAGGUCUAGGAGGUUCUUCAGGUCUCUUCAUGGUAAAUAGAUGGGGCUCAAAUUCAAAUCAAUGCCUGCAUUAGAUAACUUCUGAUUAGUGAGAAAAUGUUUUGCACUUCAGAGCCUUUGGAUGUGAUAGACUACUUUAGGUUUUGCCUUUCGAAAUGCAACACUGCUACACAUAUAUAGUGCUUAUUUGAAUACAUGGUAAAUUUUCACAGUGGAAGGAUAAUUGAUUUUGGGAGAAACUACUCCUAGUAGUUUUUGUGGUAGUAGAAGUGAUUCUGGUAGAUUAGAUUUCUAGGACCUCAGAUUCCAUAUAGCUGAUGAGGAAGUUGUUUUUGUGAGUAAGUAACUUUGUAACCCUUAGGAUUCAACAAUUCACACAACCUGAUGAUUCUAAUUGUGUCUUUCACCAUAAUUCUUUGUGUAUUUUAUGUGAGUAAAUGUCCAUGUAGCCUUUUAUUCUUACA